AGUUCGCGAUAAGCCAACAGCUGAACAGCAACUGCGUCGUCACACAGUUCGUUACAACACAUCCUAGCAGACGUUUCAACACACAUCGUAUGACGUAAAAUGGCGGACGUCAGCCUCCCUGUGACCUACGUAGACGGAUUCCAUGACAAAGAUGCCGUGCAAAAGAUGUCGUAUAACUCUCUAGGCAACACUGGGAUGAGGCCUUCCGUCAUCAGUUAUGGUGCGUCAGCCCUCGGUAGUGUGUUCCGGAAGACGGAUAAUUCGGAGUCACACCAAGUCGUCAAAUACUUAAUCAGGAAUGGCAUCAACUAUGUAGACGUGGCGCCUUGGUAUGGACACGGGAAGGGUGAGACUGUUCUUGGUGAGGGUUUACAAGGAGUCCCAAGAGAGGCUUACUACAUCACAACAAAGAUUGGCAGAUAUUUACCGGAAGCGGAAAAGAUGUUUGACUUCCGGGCAGAGAGGACGAUACAGAGUGUGGACGAAAGUCUACAGCGACUGGGACUGGAUUACGUUGAUGUUAUUCAGGUGCAUGACAUGGAGUUUGCACCUAAUCUUGAUAUAAUUGUGAACGAGACAUUACCCGCCUUACAGAAGGUGAAGGACAGUGGGAAGGCUAAAUUCAUUGGAAUAACAGGAUAUCCACUUGAGAACUUCCGAGAAGUGCUAGAACGAAGUACAGUAAAGAUAGAUACAAUACUCACCUACUGCCGAGCUUGCCUGAAUGACAACUCAUUGGCCGAGUAUCUACCCUACUUCAAGGAGAAAGGAGUGGGCGUGGUCAACGCCUCCCCCAUUGGUAUGGGUUUGUUGACAGACCGAGGCCCCGCCUCCUGGCAUCCGGCUCAGCCCGAGGUCAAGGACACUUGUGCCAAAGCGGCGGCCUACUGCCGAGAAAAAGGCGUGGACAUUUCCCGCCUCGCUUUAGCCUUUUCUUACCGCCAGGACAUACCCACCACCCUAUUCAGCACUGCCAGCCUUGUGAACGCCAAGAAGAACCUGGACUGUUAUUACACACCACUCACUGAUUUUGAGGAGCAGACGAGUCGUGAGGUCAUAGAAAAGUUCAUGAAGCCGCUGAACAAUAAUAAUUGGGAAGGAAUAGAGGUCAAAGGCUACUGGGAUAAACUUAAAGCAUCCAAGGUUGACUAAACUAAGAUAUCUUGACGCGGACUAGAGCCACUCUUGCCUAUGGACUACAACGAUUUGUUUUCUAUUUCCCUACACAGCCAUAAAUAUAGUAGUGUAGUAUUUUAUGAUUAUUUAUGUUAAUAUUCAAAUUUCAUAUGCACGCACAAAAUGUACUUACUUUUUAAAAGCAUAUUUUGCCAAACAUACAACGUUUUUAAAGUCGGAGACGGCAACGUAUCCUGUCCUUGACGUUUUACGCUGACUCGACGUCGUUGUAAGCCGCAGAUUUUGCGGGGUAUCUUGAACCUGGUUGUGUGGUUUCCGUUGAAUAUGUUUUGGUGAAGCUUCCACUGCUUGUUGAGCCUAGAUUUGAAUUAAUUCACAUUCAACGCAUUUAUCCUGGCAGGGUUGGUGAUAUGAAUUAUUAUAUUUUUGUAUUGUUUUACUUUCAUGUAUAGAUAUCAUUUACACUAUAUUAUUUUUCCAAAACUAAUGUAUGGUUUAAAGGAACUCACGGGUUACAUUUUCACUUCGUAGCUGAUAUUAUACACUCUUAUAAUUAUCAAAUUUAGAUACACAAUAUGUUUACUUUAGCUAUCGAUUACAAAAUGAUACAAAGACAAAUGAUGGCCUUGUUCGUUCAUGGAUUUUUAACAACUGUCUCAUUUGAGCUUAAACGCUUCCAUUCUUGUUUUUCUUAUGAACAAUAUACUUUAUUAGUAUAAUAUUACGGUAUUACAAACAAGCUGUCUCGCAAUAUGUCUACAUUAUGUACCGGUUACACCGACACAUCAUAUUAACAGUUUUGAAACACCUAUAAAUUACUCAAAUGGGUCGCCUACUUUACAACUGGCUGACCAUGCAUACUCUGUACACGAUGUGUUAAUUAGUCGUAGCAGUAGAAUUUUCGGUAAUUCAUGAAUAGAACCAGGACUUUUAUAUCAUCUUAUUACGACAUAAGAUAAUCGAAACUUGAUCCAUGUUUAAAGUGUGUACCGUUUUAGAGUUAAAGAAGCUAAAUAUGAUGUCGGCAGCAACAAUGCUUACACUUUGCUCCGACUCUAUUUUCGAUGGCUUUACGAAGUUCCGCAAAAAUCGUAUACAUCUGUAGAUUCUAAUUAUUCGGCAAUAUCCGAUCACAGGGGCAUGUCUAGUGUUAUGAAUUAUAUAUGUAUUUCUGGCUAUUUUUUUUUUAAAUAUACGACUAGACAUGUCCCUGUGAUCCGAUCAAAAUAGCAAAUGCCAGUCAACACAACAUCGAGUGUGUAUCGGUGAAACUUUGAAGCUUUCAAUUUUUGUCAUAAAAAGAUAUAAUUUUGUCAUUAGUUUAAUUUUAAAGCAUUCAAAUGCUUGGCCUUAAGCGAAUGAUCGCAGACAAAGAGCGAAAUCUAAUCAAUUAGUUCCUUUUUGUUAUAUGGCUUUGUUAUAUAUUGUCAUUACUCAUAUAUGUGCACAGAGUCUUGUGACACACGUCUCCUGGGUUUCCGAUGAUAUUACUAAUAAUAUGAUGGUAUACAUGUAUGGGUUUCCGAUGGUAUUACUAAUAAUAUGAUGGUAUACUUGUAUGGGUAAUGGAUGAUAUUACUAAUAAUAUGAUGGUAUACAUGUAUGGGUAAUGGAUGAUAUUACUAAUAAUAUAAUGGUAUACUUGUAUGGGUAAUGGAUGCUACGUCACAAAAUUAAAAGAAACACUUGUAUCAAAACUGUUGUAACACAAAUAAAAACUAUACAUUUAUACAUUA